AUGGUUAUCACAAAGGAACAGCAUCAGUUUGACAGUCAUGCAUCCUCAUACCAAAAGAGGAAGUUGGGCGUCGCACUCACGCAGGAAGGUCACUUUGGCCCCGCGCUGACGGCUCUUUACAUUGGCAUAUCCGGCACCUUUGGCGAUAACGAUGAGGCUACCGUCGCCCUUGCGAUACAUGACUCUGUUUAUCUCGUCGAUUUCGCCGUCGAGCAAAUCACCCUCAAUGACGCCAUGCGGCCCGGUGAUGACCUUGUCGCUGAGAAAAUCCUUUCAGAAAUUACAAAAUAUGAGCACGAGAAUUUUGUCAAAUUUGUCGGCGCAGGAUUAUCCACCAUGAUGAAGUACAUGAGCCCGUCUCUCUGCUCCCGUCUGUGGCUCGAGCUCGACAUCGUUCCGAUCGUCAUGCGUCCCGAAAGUGACAACACGACUAAGAACCUCUGGGAUGUCAAACUUGUGGACGAGCAAGCAGACUCCAUGGCUCGCAAAUGCAUCAUGCGCUUUGGUCCUUCAAUGGCUCCCCUUCUGCAAGUAGGCCAUCGUGGCAUUGUUCAAACCGACUCAGCGUUCAGGGCCCACUUGUUGACCAUGGCCGACUACAAGACCACCUGUGGCAAGGCGACAUGGGAGGCUAUUUUGACGUAUGCCGGGAAGCUGCGUGACAAAGGGACUAAAAUUGCCUUCUUUAGCAGUACCCCUCAAGGCGGCGGUGUUGCACUCAUGCGCCAUGCUUUAGUUCGCUUCUCGCGGGUUCUAGGAGUCGACCUGACGUGGUAUGUUCCUAAGCCCAGACCAGGAGUAUUUCGAAUCACCAAAAAUAUCCACAACAUUCUUCAGGGGGUCAGUCCAGAAGAUCAGCGAAUUACGGACCAGGAAAAGGAGUCUGUAGUCGAAUGGAUUGUCGAUAACGCUCACCGAUAUUGGUUAUCCGAGGGUGGUCCCUUGCGGCCGCCGGAGGAGGGUGGUGCAGAUGUCAUUGUGGUUGACGAUCCGCAAAUGCCUGGACUUAUUCCUCUCAUCAAGAGGUUGACACCGAAUCGGCCCGUCCUCUACCGGUCGCACAUACAAAUCCGCAGUGAUUUGAUAGAAGUACCCGGAUCGCCACAGGCUGACAUUUGGGACUUCAUUUGGAGCCGAGUGCAACUAGCGGACAUGUUCAUCAGUCAUCCGAUCCCAAAGUUCGUGCCCCUGAAUGUUCCCCGAGAGAAGGUCGCAUAUAUGCCAGCAGCCACGGAUUGGCUUGACGGAUUGAACAAACCGUUGAGUCGCUGGGACACUGCAUACUACGGUCAUAUCUAUAACAUGCAGUGCCAAUCUCAAAGGGUGCCGGAACUCGCAUGGCCGAAGCGCCGAUAUAUCGCUCAAGUUGCGCGGUUCGAUCCCUCGAAGGGAAUUCCGACCGUCAUUGAUGCUUACGCCGAGUUUCGGCGGUUGUGCAACGACGCUGGGAUAACCGAUCCUCCACAACUCUGCAUUUGUGGCAACGGAUCGAUUGACGACCCUGAUGCGAGUGCCAUUUUCGACCAAGCCAUGGAAAAGCUGGAAGACGAAUAUCCUCAUCUAAUCGACGACUGCAGUGUCAUUCGCCUUGAGCCCAAUGAUCAAUUGCUCAAUGCAAUCAUCGCCAAUGCACACGUCGUCUUGCAGCUCUCGACGCGCGAGGGAUUUGAAGUGAAGGUCUCUGAGGCGUUGCAUGCAGGGCGUCCCGUCAUUGCCACUCUUGCUGGUGGCAUUCCGCUCCAAGUACAGGAUGGAAUCAAUGGUUUCCUCGUCAAGCCAUCCGAUUGGCGUGGUGUGGCCAGACACUUGAUUGAGUUAUUUGGGGAUGAAAUACUUCACCGUCGUAUGAGCGACGCGGCUCGAAAAGGCGUCAGCGACGAGGUUGGAACAGUUGGAAAUGCUCUUUCAUGGUAUUAUCUGGCAAAUGAAUGGGUUGAGCGGGGGCCUAAGAUGGAUCUUUCUGGCGGUCAGCGAUGGGUCAAUGACAUGGCUCGCGAGAAGGCGGAGAAGCCGUAUGUCGAGGGAGAGAAUCGGCUCCCGCGAGAGUUUACGAAAGAGCAGGUCACGGUCGGACGUGUGGAUCAUGUAGCCGAGUAUAUCAUUCCCAGUAGUUAA